UGUUGAAGGAGGUAGGAGUCUCCACACAAUGUGAAGACACGACUUGGAUGCUAAAGAUCUAACAUACCACGAAACAUUAUAGCAUUAUAAGGCCUACGUGAGUUCGAUGGUGUAUUUUAAUCUCAUUAGAGAUAUACCUGCGUUUUGGUGGAAAGUUUGGGAUCUCUCGCUCUGAGUGAAUGAACUGCGAAAGCACCGUAUUACAACUUGGAGGAACAGGUUCUCUCCUCGCGCCCCGGGACAUGUUUUAGCCGUGUUGGAUAGGAAAUUAUUUUAUCAUAUAAUUAGUGGGCAAAUCACCUUCUCGUCUCCACCAUGAAGAGCUCAAGAGGGACAGUAGCGUCGCCAUCUCUCCAGUCUUCUCCAAGGGCUGCGCGUCAGAGCGAGUGGCUGCGGAGCGCUCUGGCCCACCACCACUGCCCCGACCCCGGCGUGGAGAACGAGAUAGUGGUCCUGGCAACGGGGAUUGACCAGUACCUCCAGGAGGUCUUUCACCACUUGGUCUACCCUAAACAAGACGACGUGGUCUCGGCAGAGGACUUCACUGUGCUUUGCUCAGUGCUGGGGCUUACCGGAGAGGAAAGUGAGACAAGGGAUGGAGAGAAGGAAGAGGAGGGAGAUGAUGAGGAGGGUCAAGGUAUUUGCUUGAGGCUCCCUCACGAGCUGGCUUUUAGGGACUUCCAUUCGCGUCUAUGCGGUUAUUUCCGCGUCCGAGCGCGCGAUGGAACUGGACCGGGGGUCAUGCGCCUCCCCGUUACGGAGGAAACAGAGCACAUUGAGCGCGAGAUCCGGCUUCGGUGGCCGCGGGUCCGGCGAAGGAAAUGUGUCAGUUUCGACCUCACAAUAGACCAAACCGGGAGGAGGCCCGCGGCCAAGACGAACAACUGUGAAACGGGUUCAUCAGAACUACAUCACAAGACAGGCCAGACAGAAGCAGAGUGUGUGGCUCUGCGGGAGCUGGUUGAGGACCUGCGCUCUGCUCUACAGGGCAGUGAUGCUCGCUGCCUGGCUCUGGAGGUCGCAUUACGACGACAGAGGGGCCCAGCCAGGCUUACCAUGCACCACUCCAAUGUAGCGACUUCAAACACAAGUACACCCUCAAACAUACCAAUUCCAAAUGCCCAGGGACGAGAGAGGGGUGCACCUAACCCCCCAAAAGAAGUGAUCCCAAAUCCAAACCCUCAGGGCCGAGGGUGCGGGGUGGGGGAAGAGAGGGUAGCAGGGAGACGGGGCUCCAAAGACCCUAUCCUCAGGGAGCUGCAGCUGAUUCGCUCCUCACGUGAUGGACAGCUGGAGGAGGCAAUCAGGUUCAACCAGCGGCUGGAGGAGGAGCUUGGCUGGGCCUAUCGGGAGGCUCGCAGGCUGGAAGGGGUGGAGUCUCGUCUACGGCAGGAGAACUCUGAGAUCAGGCGGAGAACAGAAGAGGCGAGGGAGGCUCUCAGAGAGGGGCUCCAGAAGGUGAGACUGAUCCAGAAACAGGCUCAGAACGUCCCUCAGCUCCAGAGCAGAGUCACACAGCUGGAAACAGACAUUCAAGAGUACAGAUCACAGUGCACAUGCAGAGGAAGCCAUGCCUCACUGCCACGAGAGCCCAUGGACGACACCUGCCUCCAGCGAGCGGUGGAGGGGAGAGCUGCCUCGGACGAGGAAGAGGAAGAGAGGGAGAGGGAGGAGAGGAGGAAGGAGGAGAGGAGGAAGGAGGAGAGGGGGAGGGAGGAAGGACAGUGCUGCCUGCUGGAGGUGAAGAGGCUCAUCAACAGACUGCACAGCUGUGGUAAAGGGUGUCAGAAUACAACAGCCCACCACUUGCUACUCUCCCAGAACCUCCUCCUUGACAACCAGAACAAUCUCCAUGGCAAUGACCUCCUCACGAUCCCCAGGGGGCGGGGCCGCAGAGGUCACACCUAUCAGGAGGAGAGGGAGACCGAGUUAGAGAAGAGGCAUGAGGAGGUGGAGGGGUUGAGGUUGGAGGUUCAGAUGGUGGAUACAGAGAGAGUACGUUUGUCACUUUUGGAGGAGAAACUGACAGACACACUGACACUGCUACUGCAGCUACGCAUCAAGGGUGUCUCUCGUAGGUCUCUGGGGAAGAUGCUGAUGGACACUCUGGAUGUCUGCAGCAGGAGUGGACAUGGCCCAUCCCAUGUGCUGCAGGUGGCCAAUGCCUUCUGUGCCCAGCUCUCGUCCAAUGAGCUGCUGCGAGACGGGGGAGGAGUGGGAGGGGAAGGUGGCGGGGGAGGAAGAAAGGCAAGAGUAGCUGUGUCUACCAUCCAGAGAACCUCAAGCACCACCAAACCUCCUGCUCAUCUCCUGUUGAGCAAACACACAACCCUCUCUUCUCCCCAAACUCCCCAACUCCCCUCCAUGAACACUACAUAACUGGUCUACAUCUACAGCACACUCCUAAACCUCCUUCUGACUAAGCUACUAUACCACUUCCUCUUAUAUACCACUUCCUCUUAUAUACCACUUCCUCUUGUAUACCACUUCCUCUUGUAUACCACUUCCUCUUAUAUACCACUUCCUCUUGUAUACCACUUCAUCUUGUAUACCACUUACUCAUGUAUACCACUUCCUCUUGUAUACCAUUUCCUCUUAUAUCACCACUUCCUCUUGUAUACCACUUCCUCUUAUAUACCACUUCCUCUUAUAUACUACUUCCUCUUGUAUACUACUUCCUCAGGAGUAGGCCUAGCUAUGACUGCAGAUAUGAGAGGAAGAUACUACAGGUUCAUCUCCAUUGCUCUGGGUCUAUAACAGUCUCUGUCUGUGUACUGCUGUAUUUACACAGCAGCUUUAGCCAUUCAUCUCUGUCUAUCUAUUCUGUUGUGUUUGUUACUAACAUGGCACUUAUGACACAAUCAUGUUUAUUUAUGCACAUUUAUAUAUUCAUAUUUAUACUAAUGACACAAGUAUGAUUAGCUAUGUAAUAUGUUUUUGUUUUUCUGUGUCAUUUGACAUGUUUUGUUAGUCUAGUUUAAAGCUUUGUAGAGGAGCACAACUAGUGUAUGUUGUGUGAUGACCAUGUGUCUAUGUCUUCUGAUUGUACAUUAGAUACACUGCUUACUCUACAUCAGGUACAGUACUUUAUACUAUAUUCAUUAUUUAUCCAAUCUCAUUGAGAUUACAAAUCUUUUGACAUGAGGGACCCGGGAGACCUGAUUUAUAAACAUGUAACAUUCUAAUUAUUGCAGUUAUUGUAGAGAAGGACUAUUAAUACAUUGAAUUAAUAAAACCUCAUAAAAUGUGCAUAUAGUAGAAUACUAUAUGUGUUUUUUUCCACAAUUCAAAUGCAUAUCUACUGUGGUCGAUUAUAGGGACUCACAACAAGUGUCUUCACAAGAUUCAGCUGCUACAUUGUACUUAGUGCUCAAUAUGAGCUCAGACAGUUCUAUUUCUGAUAUGACUGUGAGAACCAGGACUCAGGGUGUAUGUGUGUCUUUGUUUGUGAACCAGCUGAAAGCACCAAACAUCUGUGUGUGUGUGUGUGUGUGUGAGUGAAAGAGAGAGGGAUAGAGCUACUCUGACCUUUUUAUGAUAUCUGAGCAAGGCCAAUCAUUGCCCCAUAUCCAUGAUACAUUACACUGCAUCCUCAGAAAGGCAUAACCUCACUUGACUCACACACAUACACUUGACGUCCAGCUC